AUGGCUGAAUUUGACGUGUCUGACUUGGAUGUAUUGUAUCCUAGCUUCGCAGACUUCAGCUUGCCGAACUUCGACUUGCCAAACUUCGGCAUACUUGCCGAUGAGCAUGCGCUGGACGCUUUCCAAUGGCCUGCCGAAGAGAACCUCAUGGCCGACUUCAUGUCCUCGGCGGCACCUCCUAUGGGCGAGGAGUCGCCAUUUCAGGCUGAUCUCGACAUUAUCGAUAAUAUUAUGGUGCCUUCCGCUGAAAAGCAGUGGAUAUUUGACGUCCUUCUGAACGACGUCGUCCCUUACCGCUAUCACGACCAUCUCAGGCUCUUCCCUGAUAUCGAGUUCUAUAGAACUCUUCUGUAUAAUCGAUGUAAUCGCGAUGAGAUUUGGGGCCUUGUUCAACGGUUUCAUGAAUGGAUCUCGAGUGUCGCAGCGUCCUCACCAGCCGAAGCGGAUGAGGCAAUUGCGGCCUUGGAACAUCGUGCGGCAUUUUACGGCUGGUCGGGAACGCAAGAGAUACCCUCGUAUUUUGCUACUGACACUGAAAAAAUUCGUCCUCAGCAGCAACAGAGACAGGUUGCUCCUGAAUCUAUCCCUUCAAUGUGCCCGUCAACCGCCCCACCGGUACAACAACGCGAAAAGGCUAGGUCUCAGUCACUGUCAUUGUAUGAACACGAGCAUCCGCUACUGCAGGCGGAAUUGUUUGUCAUGCCGACAUUCGAGUUCAAAGGUCUUAUCCAGAGUAUGGACCACUUCACCGAGGUAGACGAUGCCUAUGAGAGGCACGUGAAGCGUGCAGCUGGCGCAGUCCCUGAAGACGAUCCGUCUUGGCCGGCUUCUUCGGGCAAACAGCGCCAAUAUGUUCAGCAGCUCUUUGAAAGUAUCACCGACCUAAGUGAUUUCUUUGAGCUGCGAAAAGCUCGUGAGCGCCUCGGCAACAUUGCCAAUGCUCAGAAGAACCCGGCGACACUUGAAGACGAAGGAAAUCCGAGGAAGCGUCGAAGAAGCCACAGCAGUCAAAAUGUCGAUAUCGUUCCGACCAGACCCAAGGGAAUGAGCAAGACAGACUGGGCUUUGGUGGAUGCUGAGAGUUCUCCUACAGAUCUCUUGGAAGCCGUCAUUCAUCACCGGAUCUCUGGCGUUGAGGUUGAGCUUCUAUGCUGGAGGCUUCUGCGUUCUGCAAUGGAACAGCAGCAGGGCUUUACAAUGCGCCCUCUCUGGUCCGGUACGAGAACCGUGUCUACGUGGGAACACUUCGAUACUUUUUCUGCCCGGUGGACCUCAAUCUGCAGCAAUCUCCAGGAUUGCAAAAUGAUCCUCCACUCUCUUACGCGUGCGGACUGGUUCUGCAAGUACGCUGGUGCGCCGUCCAAAGAAAGAGGGGCAAAACUAAGCAAUGACCUCUUAAAUGGUCGAAGAGACAUCCAAAACCAGGUCGGCCGAGAAGUAAUUAAAGAAAAGACUUCUACGCAAGACUGGAUCACAACAGAUGAUUUCGAGAUCAGGGACAAGGCUGGAGACCUUGUCUUGAAGGGAGGUCACCUUGGCGACAAAAAGCGCCGCCAGCUCGCUAUGAGAAACAGUGAGGGGGACUUUUGA